ACUGCCCAGGUGGAGCCGGCGCCCCUGCCACCGCCGACCGGCAGGCGCACGGGCACCGCGCCGGGGAUCGCACCGCACCGAUCCGCGCGGGGCAGAACUGAGCCGCAGCCUCGCUCGCCGCCCAGGACCCGCUCGUCACCACCACCUCCGCGGCACCCAUGGGGACCAGGAGACUUUAAAGGAGUUUGGGGUUUCAGGAGCAGGGAAAUCACGGAUCCCCGCUCCUGGCCCUCGCCUCGCCGCCUCAUUGAUGGGCAACCAACUGGACCGCAUCACCCACCUCAGCUACAGCGAGCUGCCCACCGGGGACCCGUCAGGGAUCGAAAAGGACGAACUGCGGGUCGGGGUCGCUUACUUCUUCUCGGAUGAAGAGGAGGACUUGGACGAACGCGGCCAGCCGGACAAGUUCGGCGUGAAGGCCCCCCCUGGCUGCGCCCCGUGCCCGGAGAGCCCCAGCCGCCACCAUCACCACCACCACCUGCUGCACCAGCUGGUCCUCAACGAAACUCAGUUCUCCGCCUUUCGGGGCCAGGAAUGCAUCUUUUCCAAAGUGAGCGGCGGCCCGCAGGGCGCCGACCUGAGCGUCUACGCGGUCACCGCCCUACCGGCGCUCUGCGAGCCAGGCGACCUGCUGGAGCUGCUGUGGCUGCAACCUGCGCCGGAGCCGCCCGCGCCAGCCCCGCACUGGGCCGUGUACGUGGGCGGCGGGCAGAUCAUCCACCUGUGCCAAGGCGAGAUCCGCCAGGACAGCCUGUACGAGGCGGGCGCGGCCAACGUGGGCCGGGUGGUGAAUAGCUGGUACCGCUACCGCCCCCUGGUGGCGGAGCUGGUGGUGCAGAACGCCUGCGGCCACCUGGGCCUCAAGAGCGAAGAGAUCUGCUGGACGAACUCGGAGAGCUUCGCCGCCUGGUGCCGCUUCGGCAAGCGGGAGUUCAAGGCGGGCGGGGAGGUGCCGGCCGGCACGCAGCCCCCGCAGCAGCAGUACUGUCUCAAGGUGCACCUAGCUGACAACAAGGUGCACACGGCCCGCUUUCACAGCCUGGAGGACCUCAUCCGCGAGAAGCGCCGCAUAGACGCCAGCGGCCGCCUGCGGGUGCUCCAGGAGCUCGCCGACCUCGUGGAUGCCAAGUAGUAGCGGUAGCCUGGAGGGGAGAGCCGCCCGCCCCUCUAGUCUUCUGGCGCCCGGCUCCUCCCCAGCCCCCGGGCUCCAGGCCGGCGAUUCACCAUCCCCGCCCCCCGUUAAGUGGCCGCCGGCAGCGGCCAGCGCCCCAGGUGGCAGCCUCAGCCUCGCACCUCUCUGGCGAUGGCAGAAGUCCCAGGAACUCGCCCGGGGACCCAAAGGGCGGUGCGCGCUCGGCGGAGCCCCCUAAGGGUGGUGAUGGUGUUGGGAGACCCAGCGUGCGCCGCCCGCCCCCUCCUUGGGUUGUAAGUGGAGAUUGGAGAAUGGGCCGAGGGGAGCAGGGGUCAGGCCUUCCUGACCCUCGAUCACUCCUAGAAAGGGACCUUCACCGUGCCCCAAACGUGCACAGACAAGGCUGGUGGGAGGUGAGCAUCGAGCGUGCCAGGGCACCAAUCCGUUCCAUAUGGAUGUGUCCCCAGACGGCAGGAUUUCCGAGAAAUCGAGCCUGUCCCUUCUGCACUUGUGAAUAAUUGCACAAGAGAGCACUUCGGGACUCCGGGUUACCCCGAGGCCGCCCGGGACUCUUCCAGCUCUCCAGCCCCGGGCCUCCUGACAUUGUUAUCCCAGGCUCCGGGCUAAGCUAGAGUUUGCCUCCCGAUCUUUCCACCCAGGGAAGCGAACGCCACUCCCCACCCGCAUCCGCCUGUGAGUCUCCCUUGCUGGCAGAAGGAAUGCCUUCCAGGUCCAGGGAGGUUGAAGGCGCAGCUCUUUUGGUGAGGAGGGCCGGUCCCGCCCCCCACCCCGGACAAGGGGAAGAAGGUUCGCCAGGUGUCAGCGAAUUGAAUUUGUCAAGAGGGUGCUGUUCUCAACCCUAGAUGGCUCCCUCCUAGGGCUGCGUUUCCAAAAUAACCACAUUUUUAAAGGGGUUGGAGGAGAGGGAGGGGAAGACAUGGCAACAUUCCAGAAACCAGCAUUGUUCCAGCACCAUAGCCAGUACAUUUCGUUUGGCUUGUCUAUAACAGAAAUCUCAGAAGGUGGGGAGGUGGAAAUCAAGUUUUAAAAGUAGAAAGAGCAGUUUUCCAACUUUGUCAACAAAGCCGAUCGUGUUGAUGUUUUUUAUUGACCAUUUUAGCAACAUGCUAAUAAAAUUUCAAAUUGAAAUUUUUAUUUUCAUGGCUUUAAUCCAUGAUAGCUUAAAUACUGGGGGCCAUUAAGAGUGGAUUUAGCUAGGAGCUUAGCUAACAUUGCCUUUUCACUCUAUUUUUCUCAAACCUUAUGAGAAUUCUGUUUUUGUAUAUUGUGGUUCUUUUUUUUUUUUUUUUUUUUCUUUAAGGGCAGCCUAAGUAAUGGUGGAGUUUUUAAUCAAUGUGUAUAUUGUGAUGAACUUCUGUCAGUUAAGGGGUGUACUGCUUUGGUGGAAAUUGCUAGGUUCCAUGGUGUUAAUUUCUCCCUGUUGUAUACCACUACCAUCCCAUAUUUGCAUUUUUUGUUUUCUUCAUUUCCCCUGAUCUUCUGAAAAAAAAUGAAUGUAGAAUUGGUGGCUUUUCCCCCCCUCCUCUUUAGCCAGUCCCACAGUUUAUUCCUGAAAACUGGAGAGAACUUCAAGGAUCAGGAGGAACAUAUGGUUUUCAAAAAAGUAAGGUUGUUUGAAACCCCUUCCUUGGGCAAGGACUUACUAACUUCUCUCCUUGUGCCGCAGCCCCGUCUGAUUAACUUGUUACUUGACUCAGUGUGUGUUAGACACACCUCCAGCAUCUAUUUCCCUUUCAAGGGAAUUUGUCAAAUAACAGUGUUUAGCUAAUUGUUGCAAGCAAUCACAUACUGACAGCAACUGAUUUAGUUGGACAGCAAAUAUUAUGGCCAAAGCCAGUUUCUUGGCAUUUCAAAAAUAAUGCAAUAAAAACUAGUCGAGGUUAGCUGAGACUGGAAAUGCAUUUUUUUUUUUUCUUCAUGGUAAAAAUGAUUCAUCUCUGUUUUGUUUUUUGGUUUUCAGCCUGGAUUCAUUCCCUGAUCUUGAGUCAAAAGGUCAGAUCAAUGAACUAUGAACUAGAGUAUUUUUCUUAAGCCUAUUGAGUGAUUUAUUUUUUAAAAAAUGUUUAAACGCCUAUGCUUUUCUUUCAGCACAUACAACAGCAAAACUUUUGUAAUAAUGAACUUAUCUUUGCAUGUAUGGAGAACUGAAAAUCAUUUAUUUCCCUUAUUCCCCUUUCAAAUAACAGAUGGUGGAUCCUAAAUCAAAAUUCUAUAUUGUAUCUACACAGCCCACAUUCUUUACUGUGUCCUACUGUAUCUUGGCUCUCUGCUGUAUUAAAUACUAUCCUAAGCACUUGUUCAA